AUGUGUGGCUGCUUGAGUAGUACUGCAGCUGUAGAACAGGACAGUACACAAUAUCAUUACGCGGCAGGCAGUAAACAUUACCACUGCCAACGUCGGCACCAGAAUUUCACUGAACGUCACAAAGGUUACGUUGUCGACACCGAUGGAGGCGGUAAUCCGAGCAAUUACGUGGUUGGCGAUUGGGGCAGUGAUUCUCGUGAUGGUUGCAGCGAUAAAGGGAGUGGUGACUCUUUUGCCAGUGGCCGUGUUGGAGGUCAUCAUGGUAGCGAUCGUAGCUUGGUACGCCACGAGGAUACCCCACUAUGGAUAUAUUAUGAUGCGAAUAAACAGAGAAGGAAUCUCUGUUAUUUCAUCGCCCAUCGUCCUGAUGGCACUGUGGGAGAUAACCUUGCUGUUCGUCGCUUUGAUGGUGGAACUUUCUAUGAAUUAUAA